CGAACCCAGGCAGUGAUAAGCGCUUAUGUGGUUUGAUUACAGGAAGAACUGGCAUUCGUAAUUGGCGUUGAACAUCUCGUCUCGGUGUCAUCACCUAUAUGAAGUUCUAUCAUGAAGUUCGUGUUGCUCGCAAUCGCGGUAAUUAGCGCCGUCGACGGACAUCAAAACCCAAGGAAUCAGGCGGUUACGUUUCUUUCGGCACACAACGGAUGGCACGUCCGCGAAAGCAAUUCAGUAUCUGUCAAUCCGCAACUAUCAAUUUCUCCAUCACAAUAUAGCCCUAGUCCAAAUCAACGUAUCGUAUUGGUGAGCGGUGGCCCGGAUCAAGCGAUACCCGCAAUGGCAGUCACUGGUAGUUCUACCAGAGGUCUGCGUGGUAGCCGACGGAGGUAUGAUUUAGACUCGCUCGUCAUCACCCCAUUGGCAGAAGAUACUGAAUCAUCGGAUACCCCAGUGGCUGCGUCGGUGUUAACUAUAACUUUCGUCCCGGUGCCGGGUCGCACAACGGACGAAUGUAUGGUCGCCAGAUUUAACAGCGGUAACUCGAACGCUGUUAACGGUAUUGUAUUACAGUUGAUACAAACGUGAGUCCGACGAGGGCCACCUGCGUCAUUUUCGUGCGCAAUGACAACAAUACAGGAUUGCUGGGCAGCCGUGAAAUGCUGAAGUGCAAAGCCGCACUGAGGAAAUGCGGACGUGGUUUCUAACGCACCAACAGAGGCCGGAGUGUCUUUGAGCUAGCCGCAUCUUCUCCGUAAGCACGCAACUGGAGUCGUGCUAAUUUCGAAGCCACUCAAACAAAGAGGGCCUACCGAUGCGUAUGGUAAUAAAGAGGCGCAACGGAAACACCGUCAGGGCUCCGUAGCACUUCAAUAAUGCAAUCGUGGGCAAUAGAGAUCAAGAUAUCGCUCGACUGUCAUUUGCCUAAAUACGUCUGUCGGCAUCAUGUCAAAGAACAGAAGUUUUUUCCAAUAUACACAUCCCUGCGUAGCCUUUUUCGGUGAGAUGUCCAUGCAAUUGUACCUUGCGAUGCUAUUGUACACCUAUUUCGGUGAGCUUUGUCUACGUUAAAACAAGCUGAUAUUGAAGGUUAAUGUUAAAAUAGCAUAUAUGGUUAAAGGAUUAAAGCAUGAGUAGAACAGGUUAUUUGGUUAAUUUUAACAAAUGUUAUAAUAAAAUAUAAACUAGCCAGCCAUUUUGCUUUCAACCCAAAUCUAAUGUGACGGAGUUAAUGAGUUGGUAUAUUUUAGUCGUAGAUCCUCGUGAGGGCUUAAAACAGAUAUUUCGCAGAAACACAUCAAGUCUAGAACAUACGUGAAAAAACUAAAUGUUCUGUUCUCUAGUAAGCAUGUUCUUGAUACUGC